AUGAGCCAUAUGUACAAUAGUGGUGACUUUGCUCCUCCAUAUCAGAUGAAAUCCCCAUCGAUGAAUCUGAUACCAAGACAUUCAAUGAGCGCUCCAAUGAGCGGAGUCAGCACUUCCUUGAAUUCGUCGCAGAACAAGUACCACAAGAACGAUAAGAAAGCCAACCUACUGGUGGACACAAGUGGGGGCAAGUCUUUAAACUACCCUGGUCGGAAGCUGACUCCAACUACAUGGACAGCGGCAGAUGAGGAGUAUAGUAAACCUCGGAGAAUUUGGGUAAAGGUGCCACAGGGAACACCAACGACGAUAUUGGCACACAGGGACGACAUUGUUGAUGAUUUGAAGUUACAAAUAAUUCAGAAAUACCCAAACUCAAUUGGAAGGUUCGACGAUGCCGCCAAUUUAACCCUCAAGUUGGAAACGUUCAAUAACACGAAUAAUGAUUAUUUGCUGGAGACACAAUCGGAGAAAAAUAGACCAAUUGAUGACGUGGUGCUAUUAAAUCCAGAUCAGAACGUGUGGCAGCUUCUAGAUAUGCACUUUCCACAAGGUAUGGGAAUGAGGGAUGCAAUAAUAAUCGAGAGAAGUACAACAAGGGAGGGAAAUACACCCACGGAGUCAAAUCAUCGACUCUCUUAUUCCGAUCAAGACGGCCCUCUUGUUAAACCUUCAAGUGAUAGAUUUCAAAUGAAACAUCCUCAACCACGACAAGCGGAACUUGCGAAACAGACUCCAACAACACAAAGUUUGUCAUCACACCAACUACAACACUCACAAUCUCUGAGUCAAGCGUUGAAGAACUUUCCAGCGCCCAAAUCAAGUUACUCUAGUAUGCCCGGUGCACCCUAUAAAGAUAGAUCGGUAUCGCCUUCCAUAACAGCAGCCAAAAACUCACCCAUUCCUCGAGAUCAAUCUCAUACAAAUGUUGUUCAUUCUCCUUUGCAAAAGUCUAAUCUACAAGCGAUACUUCUUUUGCCAAAAAACUUCUCCAUUAAUUCUAAUUCAAAUGGCACCCCAUCAAAAUCCAAGAUGUUACAAGAGAGUACCGGAGCAAACACCGACGACUGUACUCAACACGAUGCAAAGGUUGAAGCGACCUCUCCACAGGAGCACCCUGCUAUAAAAUAUAAGAAAAUUGAUACAGAAUUUGUCUCUUCUCCGUCACCAGCACCUCCAAUAGAGUCGUCCAAAGGUGAUAUUUUACCAUCCUUGACAAAGACCAUCAGCUCCAAUAAAAACAACAAAUCUGACAAACCCAGUGAUCCGGCUUUAGAGAAAGUGUUUCCAUCCAUUUCUGUUCUUGUUGUUGAAGAUAAUGCCAUCAAUCAAGCUAUUUUGGGUGCAUUCUUGAGGAAACGGAAAAUCAACUACCAAAUUGCUAAAAAUGGGCAAGAAGCUAUCGACAAGUGGAAAAAAGGUGGAUUUCAUCUAGUCUUGAUGGAUAUUCAACUUCCUGUGAAAUCGGGUAUAGAGGCUACAAAGGAAAUACGGCAUUUGGAGAAGUUGAAUAAAAUUGGUGUAUUUGAUGAUACAGAGUUGAGCAGAUUGGCGUUAAAUGAGUUGCAACCUGAUGAUAAAUUGGAUACAAAUACCUUCAGGUCGCCAGUGAUUAUUGUCGCUUUGACUGCAUCAUCCAAUUCUUCAGUCGAUAGGAAGAAUGCAUUAACUGCUGGUUGUAAUGACUAUUUGACCAAGCCGGUGAAUUUGGUCUGGCUUCAAAAUAAAAUUACAGAAUGGGGCUGUAUGCAAGCAUUGAUUGAUUUUGAAGGUUGGAAAGGAAAGAAGAAUUGGGCUACUGCAUAG